UGCUCGGAGGUGCUCGUUUGUCGUGAAAAAACAAAAAAGCAGAGAAGUAUCGUACGAUGUUCUACUGAAGCUAAAUACUGCACUCUGGCCACCGCAGCUAGUGAAAUUCUAUGGAUUUCGACGUGUUAUUCAGGACCUUGGUCUACCCAUUUCUACUCUAGUGCCACUCUAUUGCCACAGCCAAGCUGCUAUCCACAUCGCCACAAACCCCGUUUUUCAUCAACGGACGAAGUACAUUCACAUUGAUUUUGUCAUUUUGCCCGAUAGCAUGUUAUAUGCAAGGCACUUCAGCUUCAUCACAUAUCCACGUCUUCUCAGCCUGCCGAUCUCGCUCUCCAAAGCCUUAAGCGCUGACCAAAUAUAAAAUUGGUGUAAAGACAUGAAAUAAUACGAUUCAUUCUUCCAUUUCACAAUAGAUCAAUAUAAGAUUUUGCCUUUGGUUUCUUCUCCAUUUUAUUCAAGUUGGACAUGAGCUGAUUUGCAACUGGAAUUCCACCAGUAUCGGUAUUACUUGACAAUAAUUCUCUGUGGGCAACCCAACUUUGAUGUUGUCAAGUUUCUCGUCCGUUGGCGUUGAUGGUUGGUUGUAAACUUGCAGUCACUUCAAGUACUAAAAGCUACCACCAAGGUGCGCUGACUAUACAUACAGAAUGCUAGAGCUAAGUUACAGAUAGAACUCGAACAUCGAAAGCGAGGUUGGGAAAGAUGGAAAUGAGAGCGAAGGAAGACAUUGACAUGGGACACGACGUCACUCCCCCAAUCCCUCCCCUCGCCUUUUCUCUCUCCGACUCCUUUCUCCGCUCUCACUGCUCUGCUUGCUUUCUCCCUCUUAAUCCACGAAUCCCCCCUUUUCUCCCCAUCGAUCCCUCCAUUGUCCACCCUUUCCCUGCUACUUCCACCUCUUCCUCCUCCUCCCCCUCUGUUCUCUAUUGCUCUCCUGAAUGCUCCAAGGCCGACUCCGACCGCCACAUGUCCAGCGGCGAGCACCACCUUUUCCUGAUUCUCCAAUCAGAGUUCACCACCUGGCAGGGUGACACCUCCGACCUCCGCGCCUCCCUCCGUCUCCUCCUCUGCUUUGAGAAACUCGGCCUUCUCCCCCGGCAAAACGACCUUCUCCCCAACAUCUCGUGCAGAAUUGGCGGGUUGAUUAGUAAUCGGGAGAAAUUGAUUGGUGCUGAUGAAUUCGACGAAACUUUCUCGAGAAUUCUGGAAGGCGGGAGGCUAAUGUCCCUCGCUAGAAGGUGGCGAGACGGAGAUUUUGCAGUAGAAGAAGAGAAGGGAGAUACCUUACUAGAAGAGAUUGUUCUGUGCCAGGUGAUAACAAACUCCAUUGAGGUGCAGGUUAACGAAGGCCGCCCACUCGGUAUCGCCGUGUACGGUCCGAGUUUUUCCUGGAUCAAUCAUAGCUGCUCACCAAAUGCUUGUUAUAGGUUUUCAUGUCAUGGGUCCGGGACGACGCAGUGCUCGUCUGUUGAGUCGAGGUUUCGGAUUGUCGCGAGUGGUGAAGUAACUCGAACAUGGGCUUGUGAGGAAAGCAAAUUAGACAAUGGGUUGUGUGGAUACGGUCCGAGAAUUAUUGUACGAAGUAUCAAGGCAAUCAAGAAAGGAGAGGAGGUCUGUGUGACAUACACGGAUUUGUUGCAGCCGAAGGAUAUGAGGCACUCAGAAUUGUGGGAAACCUAUCGAUUUAUUUGUAAAUGCAGCCGAUGUAGUGUGUUCCCACAGACAUAUGUGGAUUGUGUUUUGCUGGGUCAUGUUGCUCUCAAGGGAAAUGCCACCAUCACCUUCAAUGUUACUGACUCAUUUUCAAAUCAUGGAUUCAUUGAAGAAGAGACGUGCAAAGAUUCAGCUCAUUGCCUAGGUGAAGCUAUAGAUGAGUACUUAUCAAUUGGGGAUCCAGAAACUUCCUGUCAGAAGCUUGAGAAUAUCCUUUCUGAGUGUCUCCAAGAUGAUCGGCUAAAACCACAGGAGAGACCUAGUUCGAAUUUGCAACCCCUGCAUCAUCUCUCUCUGAAUGCUUACAUUAUACUAGCUUCUGCUUAUAAGAUCCGGGCUAUUAACUUACUGGCAAUUCAUUCAGAAGUGGACUAUAAGCUGGAAGCUUUCAAUAUGCACAGGACCAGUACAGCAUAUUCCUUAUUGCUUGCAGGGGCAGUUCAUCACUUGUUUGUCCCUGAAACUUCUUUGAUUGUUCCAGCUGCCAACUUCUGGAUCAGUGUUGGGGAGUCCUUGCUGAGUCUUUCUAGGAGUUUGACAUGGAAUUUGACUGUUGAACAGGGUAAGCCCCAUUCAAAUCUUAUUUCUCUCUCCAGUUAUGGAUGUGGCAGGUGCUCUUUGAUGGACAAAUUAGAAGCAAAUUUGAUAUGUCCAAAGGCUAAUAGCAUAUUGGGGCAAGAUGCAUUUAAUGAGAUAUCCAAGAAGUUCCUUGAUUGCAUUUCAAUGAUUUUGCCUGAAGUAUGGCCUUCCUUGAUCAGUGGCCAUAAUUACCUCAAGGAUAUUUGUGAUCCUGUGGAUUUCAGAUGGCUUAGAACAGAGGCUUUUAGCUCAGAACAUUCUCAGCUUCAUGUUGACUGUACUGAUGUUGGUUCUUCUUGUAUAGAUGGAAAAGGUUGUGUUAGUUGUGCAUGUGAAGCAGGCAGAUGCACCAACAGGGAAAGGACAACCCUGUUUCAGUUGGGUUCUCAUUGCUUGCUCUAUGGAGGAUAUUUAUCAACUAUUUGUUAUGGUUGUUGCAGCCUUUUGACUUCUUACUCUAAGAAUCUGCUCUAUAAUGCUGAAAAAUGUAGCUGAUUGAUUUUCUCCAGCAAAUUGCAUUGAGUUGUAGCAUAAAAAAUGUUCCAUCCCUGCUUCCUCUUUUGGCUUUUUAUUACACUUGAGCAGGUUCCAAUUCUAUUCUUCAUUAAUUCAUUUUUUAUGUGUUUUACCUGUCUCGGGGACAAUGUUUAUAUAGAUGACUAAAUCCUAUAGCCAUCUCUUAUUCUUCAGAAGACCAUUGGAUAUUGACUCACUUUAACACCGGAGCAGAAUUUCAAGAUUUAACACCAUUAAGUGUGUUUAGCAAUUAUUUUUUUGGGUACAAGUCUAGCAAUAAUAAUGUGCACGUAAUUGAGCUACAGAAACAUUUUGGUGCCAAAAGAAAGAAGAAAAUAUCUUUAGUAAAUUACCAUCUCGUCUUGGGGGCACCGCUGAAGCUAUCUAUGUAAGCAAUGUUUGUCUCAAUAAUGUAUAUGGAACAGGUUUGGACUAUGUCUAAA